AGACACAACGCAGAGCUCGGCUCCUGGUCCUAGGGCUGCCGGACCCCCCCCCAUUCCCACAGCGCGGAUUUUGUGCGGUUUGUAUGUGGCGCCACGUAUGACGCUUCCCUUAGGCCACAGGCACACUGUGCGGAUUUUCGUGCGGGAGCUCCACAGGGUGAUCCAGUAUUAGUUACGUGAACGCCGUAACGAAAGAAGACAUCAAAAUGGGCAAUUUGCCGCUUCUCUUCCCCCAAUAAAUUGGAAAAAAAAGUGAUAAAGUCAUGCACACUGGAAAAGAGUACAGCUGAAAACGACAGAUCAGCCUGCUAAAAUUGAGCACCAGCACAGCUCCAUAGACAUAAAUAUGAAAAGUUAUCAGGUGUCCAGAUGUCCAAACCGGAUGUAUUAUUAAUAAUGGAAACUGUGGAAGAGCCGUUUGGUCAGGAGAACAAUCAGGCUCGGGCCAGUCGAGUGGAAAUUUCAGAGUGUUGGAGCAGUGGAACCACCGAAGAGCCCAGAUCCUUUGCGCCUCUGGUUGGAAAGCUGCCUGAAGACCAGUCCACAUCACAAAACUCCCAGGGCACCCUUAUCGUCAGUGAGAUCGAAAAUACCGACAACAGUUGGAGAGAGAAAAAUGUCCACCCCAUGAUGCCAACUGAAGCAGUGUGCCAGUCAGGCAGCGGCACGGUGGAAUAUAGUUAUACAGCAGGACAAAGCUCACCAUCAACAUUACCUGUCAUGGAGAAGGGAAGACACAUAGAAGAUGAAAUAGUGGAUCCUGGCACUGGUGGCACAAAAAUAGCUGGAACUGCUGAAGAUACCUCAGCACAACCAGCAUUGCACGGGGUCACUCCAAUGCCAAGCAACUUCGGCAAGCUUGAGAAGGAUAAUAUAGUGAUAUGUAGACCACAUGGGUGGUCCAACGUCGGACAUCAGCCUAAGACUAUCGAGACAAACAGAAGAAAAGAUUCUAGCGCUACGGAACAGUCAAACCAGAGGUUCUGGGGUCUGUUUCAGUGCUCAUUCUGUAAUUUUGUCUUUCAAGAUCUGUCUGAACUUCUGCAGCAUCAAGAGACCCACAACCAAGAUAAAUUCCAGGAUAUUGGGAAUGAACAGACACGUUCCGAACAACCACCACAGCAUCAGUCGUCGACUCAAGUCUUAGAAUGGAGAAGAUACCGAUGUAUAGUGUGCGAUAAGACCUUCUGUAAGCAGUCUUCAUUGGUGACACAUCUGCGUAUACACACUGGGGAAAAACCGUUCUCCUGUCACGUGUGUAAGAGAAAAUUUAACCAGCGAACAAGUCUUACUGUCCACCUACGAACUCAUACUGGAGAAGCACCAUUCCCAUGCAACAAAUGCAACCGGAGCUUCCGACAACAGUCUAACCUUACCCAUCAUAUGAAGAGUCACCAACGAGCAGAGGAACUUGAAGGGGCGGAAUGGAGUGAAGAGAACACAGCCCCCAGCAUUCCUUUUAUGUAUCUGAUAUCGGAAGGGGAUGAAUCCAGCAGCGAAGUUUGGGGCAGCAAAGUCCCAUUUGUUAAAGGUGACAAGGCAGAAGAUCCAGAAUCCUGUAAAAGACCCUAUGUCUGUGGUCACUGUUUUAAGCGAUUCACUCAUCAAUCCAACCUCAUGGUUCAUCAGCGCAUUCACACUGGGGAUCGAUCAUAUCGCUGUCAAGAAUGUGGCAAGCAUUUCACCAGGAGGACCAGCCUCAUGGUUCACUUACGUGGUCACACUGGAGAAAUGCCAUACUCUUGCCUUCAGUGUGGAAAGAGUUUUCGACAACAGUCCAAUCUUCUCUAUCACAUGAAAAGCCAUUCUUUGCCAGCUGAACCAAAAGCCAACAUGAGCAUGGAAAAUGAGCAGGCUACCAAGAUGUCUGGGCAACUAAUUGGACCUUCUGGUCAGUAUGUUGAGCGAGAGAACUCACAGAUGAUAAAUGUAAGCGGUGGACGCAUUGAAGAAAGCCAGGUUAGGGCUUACCAAUGCACCCAAUGUUCCAAAUGGUUCCCUAGCUCUCAUAGCCUCCUCUUGCAUCAAAAACUUCAUGUAGAGCAGUCCAAUGCCAUUAUGCACUGUAGAGAAAUUCAGGUCUCGUACCCCAUCAAUAGAGGCCUUCCACAUCCAUAUCCUGAGAACAUGCUGUCUCCCCGGCAGGAACAUGACUGUUAUCCUACCCAACAUUUCAAGCUACCUUCACGUUCGGAAGGCAACAACAUCUCUGGGAUGCUGAAUAACCUUGAGUCUAACCUUAUUCCCCAACAGGCGCACAGCAUUUCCUAUCAAAGAGUUGGAAGUCAGUCGGGAGAGGGAGGACCUCCGAAGGGUCCUUUCCAUGUUCUAGGAAGAGGAAGACCAAGAAAAAUUCAUUGGUUAGGUCAAGGAUCAGCAGGGACUUCCAUGGUAGGGAAAACUGUACAUAAGUGUUGGAAAUGUCCAAGGCACUUCAACAAUAAGUCAAACCUCAUUGUCCACUUGCGUAUUCACACUGGGGAGAAGCCUUUCCAAUGUUGGCUUUGUGAGAAGAGAUUUAGACAGCAGUCAAAUUUGAUCCAACAUCUCAAGAAUCACGAAGAUGUUCUUGGGGAUGAACUCAUCACUCGUCCACGGAAGCAUGCAAGUAAAGAACAUCAAAAUGGCAAAAACAUUCAGACUAUAGGAAUGACUCUGUCCCCAAACACUGUCCAGGUCCGGUCAGGUUUUAUUCCAUUUGAUGGAACCCAGAUGCAUCACAAUGGGCAGCUGUAUCAGGGGCCUCAGACUAUCCAUCUAGCUGAUAUUGCCUCCAGUAGCGAGUGUGUUACAGACAACUCAGAAGCCAACAGCACCCAGUCGUCGUCAGAAAGUACAUACAAGUGCGGCAGCUGCUUUAAGACAUUUACUCAUAAAUCCAACCUCUUGGUCCAUGAACGUAUUCACUCAGGAGAUAAGACCUAUCGAUGCCUUGAGUGUGGUAAGCAGUUCAGCCAGCGCACCAGUCUGAUGGUGCACCUAAGGACACAUACCGGUGAAAUGCCAUAUUCUUGUUUGCAGUGUAGAAGACGUUUCCGACAGCAGUCCAACUUACUUUAUCAUAUAAAGACAAACACAGUGCAAGGGCAGCUAAACUGUACUGCAGAGAGCAUGCCAAACUCGCCAUUGCUUAAUAGGUUAGACCAAGGGAUUGAACCUAGCAUGAGCUCUGAUGUGGAAGCUUCCCCGGGGCAAGCCCAUCCUUGGGGCCACCUGGAAACUAACUCUAAGACUGAAACCACAUCAGCUUUGGCACACGAUGGAGCAAAAGGAGAAUUCCACUGUCCUGCCUGUGAUAAAAUAUUUACUCACCAAUCCAACCUGUUAGUCCACCAACGAAUCCAUUCUGGUGAGCGGACAUACCACUGCCACGAGUGUAACCGCCAGUUCAGCCAACGCACCAGUCUGAUGAUCCACUUGCGCACUCAUACUGGAGAGAUGCCGUACUCGUGCCAGUGCUGUGGCAAACGUUUUCGCCAGCAGUCAAACCUGUUGUAUCAUUUGAAGAGUCACAUUGGGCAGGGUAUAACCAUAGACGCUAGCCAAAGCGCAGAGUACGCAGCACCCAGAUCCAGAGGCCGUCCUCGGAAAUCAGAGUCAGGCAGUGAUGUGAAGGAAAAGAGAAUAAUCCCUCGAGGCAAGCGUACCUACAAGUGCACAGAGUGCCCGAGGCGUUAUAACCUCAUGUCCAAUCUAGUGGCCCACCAGAAGUCUCAUGACCUUCAACCCCUGUACAGUUGCUUAGAGUGCGGAGACAGCUUCCUUCACCAAGGAUAUCUUGCAGUUCACAAGAAGCAGCACGCCAAGGUAACCUCUCCUCACCAUGGCGUACAGUUCUGUUGGAGACCAAACCAAGAGUUGAUGGACACCAGAAAUACCGGGACAGAAGAAGAAAGGAAUGCGGUGUACACACCGCAUGAAAAAUAAUCACUUUCAUGUGUCCUGCUCAGUGGAGUUAGGUAAAAUAGUGGUAAUGAGUAAGGCCUCCCAAGGCCUCACUAAGUAUGGAACUUCAUAUCUGUGCGUUUCAGGUAGUACCUGAGAUUUGAGACUGGCUAUACUUUGCAAGGUGGGCUUAACUUCUGAUAUAUUAUCACAAUGGUUGACUGUUUUGUACAAAUACGAAAGCUUUAGGGGGAAAAAAAAAUUCCUGAGAAGUUCCAACCUGGUAUAUAAAGUGACGCCAGUUCUCGAGAGGGUCCUCAGUGCUUUGCCACUGACGAUCGAAACGUUAAAAUAUAUUAUCAGAUGAAUAUAUUGCGAGAGGAUUGAAUUUAAGAAUACCAGAAGUAAAAAUAAAUGUCUGGAAUUAGAAAAACAUGGCAGCUUUCUUAAAAAAAAAAAAAAAAAAGCCUGUCUAUGGGUUGUCUAGUAUUGCAGCCCAGUUCGAUUAAAAGGAAUAGAGCUGAGCUGCAAUUCCGUACACCACCAGUGUACCGCCGCGAUUGGGAAGAAAGCCGCCAUGUUUUUCCAAUGCUGGAGAAUGACAUGGGAAGCACUUAUUAACCUUUGACCACUGAGUGGAAUAUAUAACGCAUUUAGAUGCCAGUGAGUCCAUCGCUUUGUGGGCCGUACCAUUAUUGUUGGACUAUAUCAUCGAGGCAUGGAGCAUUGGUUUGACCCACGCGAUGGCGGCUUCCUCAGUUCAUGGAUGAUUGGUGCAUUAGGCCAGUUUUACUUUGUAGUAUAUUUCAGAGAAAAUGACCUGGUUACGCGGUAUUUAUUUGGCUAGCGCAGUCUUGCAUUCUUUACGUUUCAUUAUCGCACCCAUGUGGCGCGUUGCUUUCCUUUAGUGUCAUAGGGAUACGUUGGCAGCUACUUCUAUAGCAUCGCGGGUUGCCUUCAGUACUUGUAUAACCCUUCGCUCUGUAGCUUUAUUUGCUGUAUAAAAUCGGACGUAAGGAGUCGCCUACGUUCGUGUAGUUACAAGCCUUCUCUUAUUUAUGCGUUUAUUAUAUAUGAGUUUGAGUUUCUGCCUUUUUAUAUCGCCAUCAGUUUGUACGUUGCUUACUUCCUCUGCAUCUGACCUCAGAUUCCUAACCACGGUCCGAACCAUACUGGACCAGACCUAUAAAAGGCUCCGCCACUGGCAAGCACCCGCUCUACCUCCGCCAAAUAACUGUGCGACGUGAGACGUGAUCACGUGGGAAGGCCUGUAUUAGAUAUUGGAUGUGCGGGGGGAGAAGCUUGGAGGAUUUCCUGCCAUACUUAAAGGCUCCGCAGCUCUGUCUAUUUAGUAUGAAGCACAGCUUUAUGUAAAAUGACAUUUUCUGUCGCCUCCACUAGGGGGCGAUCUGUAUAUAGUUAUACCUGGGUCCUCUUGACUUGAAUAGGGGCCACAUAAUGACUGAUAAUAGGAAGCAGGUGGUAUCAGAGAAUAGUCUAAAAUAUGUAACGGUUGGUGGGAGGCCACUGUCGGGCUGCAACAAUUUUUGCGACACCCACUUUUUUAUUUUUCAAUGGUAGGUUGUCACAGCCCCUCCCCUUAUACUAGCAGUACGGAAGGUUUAAUAGUUAUUGAAACAUGCCAGGCGUCCACUUUAAACAACCUCUGUUAGAAGGGAUCAGCGAUCAUCAGCAGAAGAACCUGGCAAGUAGUGUUCAUUUCUCCUACAGCGCCCCAACAGGAGAAGUGAAGUAUUACACCAUAAACUCCAAGAAUUUUUUAGUUUAAUUUGCGGACUGUUGCAAAGAUCCAUUCUCCCUGGAACUGUAAGGACCGAGCUCCUGUUUUGUAUGUGAGCUCGGUCACCUCCCUUUAUAUCAUUAACCACAUAAGUGCUUCCCAUUUCAGCAGUAUUAUGACCACUCGUGUCUAGGAUGACAAUGCGCCUAACGUCUUGCCCUACAUGAUCAGUUCAUCUUCGUCCUCGUGGCGCAAUGUCGCCACAACCUCCACUUGGAUUGACAAAAUGGUUGCCUUCCAAGUCUAUAGAUGGCGAUUACUCCAGAAACCCACCGAGAGCUAGAAAAAGUAUCAGAAGGGUUGGUUUGCGAGUGAAUAAUAUAAUAGAAGGCGGAUAUAUAUAUAUAUAUAUAUAUAUUUUACUAAUACAUAGUGUACAUAUCUAACGUACUAGGAAGGAGGAAUCCAUUUGUGUUGCCAAAGGUGAGACGCUCCUCUGCCCUCGCCCCGGUUUUUCUCUUUGCACUUACUGCAGCAGGUCAGACGGAGACGCGUGAUGAUCUCUGCCCGUGGACCUUAUAGCACAUAGACACCCAUGGGAGGUCAGCCGCCCCAACAAAGCUGGAAUGACAUCAUGGAUGAAAAUGGUUCUAUUGCUGACAUCAUUUCAUAGGAAUAUUUAGUCAUUGGAACAAUCUAAUCAAGAUACAGAAUCGGUAAAAUGAAUCUGCGUUAACCAUCUUACAGUUCAUACAUAGAAACGAUAUAAAAAAUAAUAAAUUAUAAUAAAAAUAAGUAACUUUAUAAUUACUUAUCAUGUAUUAUACUCCAGAGCUGCACUCACUAUUCUGCUGGUGCAGUCACUGUGUACAU